AUGGAUUGGCUUCAGCUGUUCUUCCUCCAUCCUGUAUCACUUUAUCAAGGGGCCGCUUUUCCUUUUGCACUUCUGUUUAAUUAUCUCUGCACUAUGGACUCAUUUUCCACCCCUGCCAGGUACCUCUUUCUCCUGGCUGGAGGCGGGGCCCUGGCCUGGGCUGCUAUGGGUUCCUUCGCCGUGCUUGUCCUCAUCCCUGCUCUGUGCGCCGGGGUUCUGAUUUCCUCUCUCGGUCCCCGGGAUGUCCACAGGUGGGCUUUCUUCUUUCAGAUGAGCUGGCAGACGCUGUGUCACCUGGGUCUGCACUAUACUGAAUAUUACCUGCAAGAACGUCCUUCCAUGAGGUUCUGCAUCACUCUUUCCUCCCUCAUGCUCUUGACCCAGAGGGUCACAUCCCUCUCUCUGGACCUUUGUGAGGGAAAAGUGAAGGCAGAAGCAAGAGGCAUCAGGGGCAGAAGCUCUGUUCUUGAACAUCUGUGGAAGACACUGCCCUAUUUCAGCUACUUGAUCUUUUUCCCUGCUCUCCUAGGAGGCUCCCUGUGUUCCUUCCAGAGAUUUCAGGCUCGUGUUCAAGGGUCCAGCAGUUUGGGUCCCAGGCGCUCUGUCUGGGCUCUGACCCGGAUGGGUCUGCAGAUUCUGGGCCUCGAGUGCCUAAAGGUGGUCCUGAGGAAGGUGGUGGGUGCAGGAGCAGGUCUGACUGACUGCCGGCAACUCCAGUGCAUCCGUGUCAUGUGGUCCACAGCCGAGCUCUUCAAACUCACCUACUAUUCCUGCUGGAUCCUGGAUGAUGCGCUCCUCCAUGCAGCAGGCUUUGGACCUGAAUUUGGUCAGAGCCCUGCUGGGGAGGGAUACGUCCCUGAUGCGGACAUUUGGACACUGGAAACAACCCACAGGAUAUCCCUGUUCACGAGAAAGUGGAACCAAAGCACAGCUGGGUGGCUCAGACGCCUCAUAUACCAGCACGGCAGGGCCCGGCCGUUGCUGCAGACAUUUGCCUUCUCUGCCUGGUGGCACGGGCUCCAUCCAGGACAGGUGUUUGGUUUCCUCUGCUGGGCUCUGAUGGUGGAAGCUGAUUACCUAAUCCACACCUUUGCCAACUUGUCUAUCAGAUCCUGGCCAAUGCAGCUGCUGUAUAGAACUGUCACCUGGGCCCACACCCAGCUCAUCAUUGCCUAUAUCAUGCUGGCGGUGGAGGUCAGGAGCCUCUCCUCUCUCUGGCUGCUGUGUAAUUCUUACAACAGUGUCUUUCCCAUGGUGUAUUGUGUUUUGCUUUUUCUAUUAGCGAAGAGAAAGCAUAAAUUGACCUGA